AUGGAAUUUGCUUUUUUUCUAUUUGUAAAUCCCACUUCUGGUGGAAAUCGGGCAGGAGUGUAUCUUUAAUUGGAUGCAGAAACAAUUAAAUUUAAUCUUAAUCAAAAACCGAUCAAUGUCUAUUUCACAAGUCUGCUCCAACGAGACUAAGUAGAAAUGAAUCUAAAAAGAAUUAAAGAAUUCCUAUAAAGAAAUAUGUAAGUCAGAGUAAUUGUUUGUGGAGGUGAUGGCACUGUUAUGUGGGUAGUUGAUGAAAUGCAUAAACAUAAUGUUGAUUUUGCUAGUUGUCCUAUUGGCAUAAUUCCCUUUGGAACAGGAAAUGAUUUUUCAAGGGUCCUAGGUUGGGGCGGAGAUACAGAUGGAGACUUGGGGGCAUGCUUGAGAAACUUCAAACAGCAAAUAUCAUAAUGGCUCAAUGCCAAAAUACAUGAUUUCGAUCUAUGGGAAAUAAGUGUUACUGUAGAUGCAUAAACUGGAUCGUUUAAAAGAAUUAAAAAAUAAGGAGAUCUAUUCCAAAAAGAGGUUCUCUAAAAAGACAAAGAUAUCUUGAAAUAACUCGAUAAAAGAAUGUCAAAUUAUUUUUCCAUUGGAGUAGAUGCUCGUAUUGGAUUUGGAUUUGAUAAGAAGAGAACCUAAUCUGCAUGUUGCAAUAAGUGUGUUUACUUCUGUGAGGGAAUCAAAAAAAUGUGUCUUAAGAAUCCAACCACUAAUUAAGUCAUCUCUGGAAUGCAAGUCUUAAAAGAAUAAAAUUUAACCAUCGAACAAAUUACCAAUGCUCCUACUGACGUAUUAUUUAAGACGAAAGGUCAAAAUCAACCUGAAGAUCAAUAGCUUUUAAAUGAAUCCAAAUUUAUACUAAGUGGAGAUCCAGUUACAUUACUUUGUUUAAAUAUCCAAUCAUACUCUGGAGGAGCUGGAGCUAUAUGGGAUAAUUGCAGAGGAAAGGUUGCUGUCAAAGAAGGUACUCAGAAACUCUAAGAUAAAUUUGUCAAUUAGGAUUUCGGAGAUGGAAAAAUAGAGUUUGUAGGAUUUAAUUCCAUGAUAGGGAUGGCUAAUGAAAGGUUUAUUCAUGGAAAUGCAGUUCGGAUUGCUUAGGGAGAAGGACCAUUUUUGAUCUCGUUUAAAAAAAAUGUCUCUCCUUAUUUCUAGGUGGAUGGAGAAUUUUAUUAAGCUGUAAAUCCAAUCAUGGCCUUAUUAAAAAGAUCUUCUAUACGUAUUAAAGUUUUAACGAAAUCACAAAAUUGA